AUGGCGCUUUCCGGCAAAAUUUCCGACCGUAAGCUGCCGGAAGGGCUUUUGGAGAUCUCUGAAAGGGUUUUUUUAUUUAAUUGCUGCUUGACCUCAAACAUAUCAAGCAUUCAUGAGUAUCGAGCCUAUAUCCGGCAUACCGUGGAACAACUCCGUGAACACUUCCCCGAGUCUUCACUCAUGGUUCAGAACUUUGGGGAUGAAAAUCACCAAAGUCCAAUUAGUAACACACUUCCUAAGUAUGGUAUGACCGUAAUAAACUACCAUUGCCAGAGUAAAAACCGUCUUUCACUCCCACUGGAAACGGUACAGCACUUCUUGAGCACGAGCCAUAAAUGGAUUUCAUCUGGGAAGAGGAAUUUACUGUUGAUGCAUUGUGAGAACGGUUUCUUGCCGAUAUUAGCCUUCAUGCUUGCAGCUUUCUUGAUAUAUAACAAGCAAUGUACUGAUGAGCGUAAAACCUUGGACGUGAUAUCAAGCAAUGUGUAUGGAGAGUGGCCUCGUGGACCCAUAUUUAGGAUAUAUGGGUCGGAUCCUUUUGCAGCUGCUGAUAGGACAUGUAAAAUACUCUUUUCAGUGGCCAAAGAGAGGAAAGUCGUGAGGUUAUUCAGACAGGCAGAUUUUGAUCUGGCUAAAGUUUAUGUCAAUUGUUCUGUUCAAGGCGACGUGCUCGAGUGUGUUAACGGUAAGUCAGAGCAUGAAGAAGUGUCGUGUCGCAUCAUGUUCACUACAGAGUUUGUUAGAGCAAAUACAAUGACACUUAUUGAUACAACGUGGGAUGUCAAGGAUCAAUUUCCCAAUGAAUUUAGAGCCGAGGCCUGCUCAGUCCAAAAUUAUACUCCCACGAAUAUCUCAAAUUCCUCGCAAGUCUCGCUUUCGCCAGCACCUCUCUCGAGAUACCGAGGUGCAGCCACCUCAGCACUAGGUAUAAAAGCUCUGCUGCACGACCACGCCGAAUUCAAUAACAGACAAGUCCAGUCUCCAUCCACAUCAGCAUCCGCUUCGUGUCAAGAAAACCCUGUGGACCUUACUGACUCUUCAAAGCCUUGUCAGCCCAAGGAAAAACCGAAAUCCCUUCCUCCUCCUCCUCCUCCUCCUCCUCCUCCUCCUCCACCACCCUUUUCUUCACAGAAAUCAACUGUACCACCUGCCGCCCCAUCUCAACCGCCGCCACCUCAGCAUGCUGCAUUGCCGCCAGCUAGGAGCCGACAAGUUGUUCCACCUCCGCCAGCUCCUCUUUCAAAAGGCGGGCCCACUUAUCUUCAGAGUGUGAAGGGAAAAUUGCAGCCACAGGCGAGCAUGAGAACUCAAACUCAAGCGCAACCGAGAAAGGCACCUCUCAGGGCGUACCACUGGUUCAAGCUAACAAGAGCCAUGCAAGGCAGUUUGUGGGCCGAGGCGCAAAGACCUGAAGAGGCUUCAAAAGUUCUUGAGCUGGACAUUUCUGAAAUCGAAAGUUUAUUCUCGAUCACCGUCACAAAUUCAGACCACGGGGAUACUGGCAGGAAAACGAAUAGGCGUGGAUCAUCAGGACUCAAACCCAACAAAGUUCAUUUGAUCGAGCUCCGAAGAGCAUACAACUGCGAAAUUAUGCUAACAAAAGUCAAGGUUCCCUUGUCGGAUUUGAUGAAUUCAGUACUUGCUUUGGACGACUAG